AUGGGUCUCGUGAGAAUUUCGUCAUCUGCUUAUUACUCCAUUGCUUGUGUAGACAGCUAUUGCAAUGAUGGAUGUAUAGAUGGAUUCAAGAGCCCACAGUGCCAGAAAUCGUGUUCAAAUCGAGGCUGUAUGUCGUGUACAACAGACACUACGUGCUCUUGGUGCUAUGAUGGGUAUAUGCUGCUCGAUGGGCAGUGUACAAGUAUAUGUCCAUCUACUUGUAAAACAUGCACUUCAAACACAUCCUGCACAUCCUGCUAUGACGGAUACCAUGGAGAUCAGUGUCAACACUCAUGUCCUUCCAACUGUGACACAUGCACUGCAAGCACAUCCUGCUCAUCAUGCAGGGACCCUAACUUCACUGGUGGCAAAUGUGAUAGAUGUGUUAACGGCAAAUACGGAAGUGAGUGUGAAUUGGAUUGUCCUGUGAAUUGUCUUUCUUGUGAAUCUGCAACUAAUUGUACUGAAUGUAAAAAAGGAUUCAUUGGUAUAGGUGUCCAAUGUUUACUACGCUCGGACUGCCCUGAAAAUUGUAUUGGUUAUAAAUGUGAUAGCACUGGAAAAUGCGAUUCAUGUAAGGACGGAUUCUAUGGCGAGUUCUGCAUGAUGACCUGCUCUGAGAACUGCAUUGAUGGCACUUGUUAUAGAAACGGAAUUUGCGAUGCCUGCCGUGACGGUUUUCAAGGCACGUUUUGUAACAUAACAUGUCAACAGAAUUGCAAGCAGUGUCAUCAAGAUAACGGAUCGUGCAACAUUUGUGAAAAUCAAGCGUGGGGAAGAGAGUGCUCAAGGAAGUGUAGCUCGACUUGUCAAAUUGAUACGACCUCAAUGACAACCUGUGAUAUCGUGUCGGGGGAAUGCAAAUUUGGAUGCGUGUCCGGAAGUCAUGGUCCGUACUGCGAGCUUAUUUGUGACCAGCGAUGUGGUGAAUCUCGCGACGGAAUAAAAGCAUGCAGGCAAAGAGACGGGUUCUGUGCGGAAGGCUGUAAGCGUGGAUAUAGAUUUGAAGUUGCCGGUUGCUUACCUGUGACAGACAAGCCUUGGGAUGAAAGCAGUGUCCUUACAGUCGGAGUUUUGGGUGGAAUGAUUGGCCUUCUCAUCAUAGCGCUUGCUGUUGCUAUCGGGUGUAUAGUUCUUAUAAAAAGAAGACACGUCAUCGCUCAAAAAGACAAUUUCAAAGAAAUUAAACUUGACGAGGAGGCUAGAACUUACGAGGAGAUUCCAGAACAGACAGAUCAGCCAAAGUACCAGAAUGUCAAUACCAAUAACUAUGACAUGCUGUUUGCUAACAGUUAUGAUACAGGCGGAUACGUCUGUGCGUCGAGGUACGGCGCGGACGGGAUUGGUCCGUGGAGAGGGGAUUGGCCAUUUCUCAGAAACAUUGCAAGGACAGAGCAGGCUCUACAUGUUGCUAACCAAGUCGUUUGA